UGUCCCCAGGGUGUCACCACUGUCCCCAGGGUGGCACCGCUGUCCCCAGGGUGGUGUCACCGCUGUCCCCAGGGCGAUGUCACCGCUGUCCCCAGGGUGUCACCGCUGUCCCCAAGGCGAUGUCACCUCUGUCCCCAAGGCGAUGUCACCGCUGUCCCCAGGGCGAUGUCACCGCUGUCCCGAGGGUGGUGUCACCGCUGUCCCCAGGGUGGUGUCACCUCUGUCCCCAGAGUGGUGUCACCGCUGUCCCCAGGGUGUCACCGCUGUCCCCAAGGCGAUGUCACCGCUGUCCCCAGAGUGGUGUCACCGCUGUCCCCAGCGUGUCACCGCUGUCCCCAGAGUGGUGUCACCGCUGUCCCCGCGGUGUCACUGCUGUCCCCAGGGUGUCACCGCUCUCCCCAGGGUGUCACCGCUGUCCCCAGAGCGAUGUCACCGCUGUCCCCGCGGUGUCACCACUGUCCCCGGGGUGUCACCGCUGUCCCCAGGGUGGUGUCACCGCUGUCCCCAGGGCGAUGUCACCGCUGUCCCCAGAGUGGUGUCACCGCUGUCCCCAAGGUGGUGUCACCACUGUCCCCAGAGCGAUGUCACCGCUGUCCCCAGGGUGGUGGCACCGCUGUCCCCGCGGUGUCACCGCUGUCCCCAGGGUGUCACCACUGUCCCCAGGGUGGCACCGCUGUCCCCGCGGUGUCACCGCUCUCCCCAGGGUGUCACCGCUGUCCCCAGAGUGGUGUCACCUCUGUCCCCGCGGUGUCACCGCUGUCCCCAAGGCGAUGUCACCGCUGUCCCCAGGGUGUCACCGCUGUCCCCAGGGUGGUGUCACCGCUGUCCCCAGAGCGAUGUCACCGCUGUCCCCAGGGUGUCACCGCUGUCCCCAGAGCGAUGUCACCGCUGUCCCCGCGGUGUCACCGCCCCGUGCCCGGGGACAUCCCCGCCCCCACCCCGUGCCUUCGUCACUUUAUUGUCCCCGCGGGGUCACCGCGCGUCCCCCCCUCCCUUAUUUAUACUAAAGAGACUUUUUUGGCACCCGAGUGGCACCGGCGUGUCCGGGGGAGGGGACAGGAGGGGACAAUGA